UUUGCAUGUUGCCUCGGUUGAAAGCAAUUGAGCCUAUGGUAGCGCAACUUUAUCCCUGUGGAUUUAUUUCUGAUCAAGUAGUACUAGUAUUAAGGAAAAUUAUAUUGUAUUUUCUUGUCAUUUUUGUACUGAUAUUUUGGGUGGCUUUAAUCUUGCGUGAUUUGAUAGCAGGUGCAAAUAUCAUUUUCAGGAUGUCAAAACAAACUAUCGAUAUCAUAAAAACGCUCAUCGGAUCCUUUGUCUUUGAUUUGCACUUAGUGUAGGUGUGGUCGAUUUAACGGGAUUCUCUGUACGUUGUGUGUACGUGGCCCCGCAAGGUAAUCUAAUAGCAAUCCUCUUGCUUUGAUAGCCAUAUGGAUCAAAUAUGGAUCAAUAAGUUGGCCAGCUCAAACCCCAACAGCAGUUAAACUUUCAAAACAAAACCUAACCUUUGACCUUUAUUCCUACUAUAUCCAUCCGCGCUGUGUGAACACCCAACCACACAACUCAGCUCAGUCCUUACGCCCCAAAAAUGCAAACUGAACAAAUUUUCACCCGACUGGGAAAGCUCACACUCUACCUGUUUCUUCUACCAUAAAAAGCCUCUAAUCUGGACCAAAAUGUUAUAGGAAAGACAGAUCUUCAAGUCGGCACUAUAGUCGUUGAGUGUAGUAACUAAACUUUGACGACUUUGACGUCUGCCAUCUUCGCUUUGUAAUUAGUACAUUUGUAGGUCGUGAGUUUGACCCCGACAGAGACAUGUAUAUGUUUGGGGAUAAAAACUAAUCCUAAGGCUAUUAGCCCUACAUUGUACUUACUCUGCAGUUAUUGACGAUCUUCUUAUAAUGCAUUCUUACAGCUGUGCUACUUGGCCGAGCUCUUUCGGUGGGAACACAAACUGACACUGAUGUCUACUCACUCUGCAACACAACCUGGACCAACACUACCCGUACCAAGGAUAAUGUGUCUUUCAAUAGCACAAACUUCUUUAACAACUCAAGUUUUCUCAGAGACACGACAUUCUUUGGAGAAACGUGGUUCUCCAACGACACAAUUUUCUUCAAUGACACACCACCAGGUACGUCUCAAGUUAUUUAGAGAAUUCCACCAAUAGAUUAUGUUUGCACCGUAUGAGAUCUCUACACUGCCGAACAGAUGAGUAGAGUGAACGCUGUGUAUUUAUAGAUGUCAAGGAACCUCUUUGGAGAUAUCUAGUGAAGUUGACGGACGGUGCAAUAAAUUGAAAUAUUGCAUUUUGAAAUCACCGCACGUCGACUUGAUAUCGCUAGACACCCUUUUCGUACAAAUUUAGGUUACCCCUCGGAUAAAUUAAGGUAAACUAGCGCUAUGUUUGCUUUUGAUUUUUUUAGAUAUCUGUUAUCAUUCACCUGGCAGGAAAGUGUUGAACUUUUUCAGGACUGAAGUCACCUCUGGACAUGGUCUAUGAGUUCCAAUGGGAAGACGGCCUGUUGGUUGGACUGCUGGGCAUCUCUAGCAUGGUCGGGACCAUUGGCAACGCUGCUGUCAUCCUGGCCUUCUGCCUGUUCAAGAAGGUUCGCUCCACUAACAACGCCUUCAUCCUGAACACCAGCAUCUGGGACCUGGUAACGUCUGCCGUCAUCAUUCCCCUGAUCAUCUCGUCUACGAUGACCGGCCUACCGAACUGUGGGGAAGCUUGUUGUGCCUUCAUAGGCUUUCUGAAUCUUUUUAGCCUGUUACAGUCAAUGUUAUCCUGUGCCCUCAUUGCCUUUAACCGGUAUGUGCACGUUGUGCUCUCACUAGCCACUUACAAGCGCUUAUUCGGUCCUGUCAAGGCAUUCCUCUGGGUGGUUGGGUCAUGGUUGACCGGCACUCUGAUCAUGUUUCCGGCUGUGACAGGUAUAUAUGGCAGUUUGGGAUGGGACGCGCAUGUACAAAUGUGUCAGUUAUCGCACGAAGACCCGGCAAGUGUACUGUUUUUCCAAAAUGUCGUCCUGUCCCUGUACUGGGUUGUAGCGUUCGCCAUAUCUGCGUUCUACGCCCGAAUCUACCUGCACGUGCGGAAGAGUACCAUGGCCAUCGGCCAGCAUCUCGGCCACAGCCCCCAGCAAGUGUCCCUGCAGGCGGUGAAGCGUACAAAACACAUGUUCUACAUCUUCUUCGCUUUUCUCACGUUGACCUGUCCGGUUGUUGUUGUGAAUUACGCAGAUUUCUUUGCUACCUUUCUCCCAAAAGCUGUCUUCUUCAUCAGCUUUGCCAUGUUUUACUGCAACACCGCAGUCAAUCCCAUCAUUUACACCUGGACCCUGAAAGAGUUUCGGCAAGGGUUCAAGUCCAUGGUUCACUGCAGACGACAUAUUGUCCCUACCCCUCAAGCAGCCCAACCUGGUGUUCAGAGACCCGUCAGAGUAAUAAAUGUCUUGUCACGAUCGGGGGUCCCCAACCACGUGGUCCCGUCAGAACCAUCCUCUGAUACGUCAGUGUUAAACACGUAAGAAAACAUCGUGCAAGGUGAUGAUCACAGACCCAUCCAUAACACACAAAAAAAUCAGGAAAUCAAAUUAAGAUCGGAUGCUAGGUACCUCUCCUAAACUUAUCUUUUGAAUCGUGUCAUAACAUCGAAUACGAAUUACCCCUGUGCACUUGUCAAAAGCAAA